AUUCGACGCUGUGAUACACAGAAUACAGUCGACACUCCAUGAUAAGCUGUGAAUACAACAGGCGAACUAUAAACAUUUAUUUUAAUAUUUCAGCACAAUUGAAUGCGAACAUGAAGUUCUGUCAAGCAAUUUUGUUUUUGUCUCUGAUCCAAAAUGGAUUUAUGUUGCUGCUAGACGGUCAGCCAGUCACUGUGCCAACUUUAAGACAAGAACUUCAACAAGAAAUUCAACAACUGCGAACAGAGUUCUUGUUAAUGAAAGAUAUGAUGACGACGCUACAUGAGUCAGUCCCGUCAUGUGCAGUAUCUAAAAAGCAACGGACCCCAGCGUUUAUGGCAACAUUGACCAAGUCAAAUCAAGCGUGUGCUGAAGGUGCUCCCCUAAUUUUCGACAGGGAACUUCUUGAUACUCGAAAUGUAUAUGAUGUCCGCCAUGGAACAUUCCGCGCACCCGUAAAUGGAACAUACGUAUUUACGGCUACCCUUACCGCUAUGGGAGGGAAAUACGUCAAUGUGAAAAUAGUGAAGAAUUUUCCUACAAAUCAAAUAGCUCUCCUAUUUAUUGACAAUAGACAUUCACUUGGAAAUUGGAACCAACGAUCUACCACCGUAGUUGUCGAGCUUGCUAUUGGUGACGAUGUGUGGUUGGUAUGUGUCUCUGCGAGCGAAGUAAAUGGUGGAAACGAUGUAAGUCAUAAUGAUUUUGAUUCGCAUUUAUCAGGGUUUUUGAUCGAUGAGCUGUAAAGAACAAGGAUUGCACAACCCGAUUUCAAUUAGAGAAAUCAUUGUAUAAUAAACGUAUUUACAUUUGCAA